CUGCUGCGUAAAAACCACAUAGACAUGACAUGCACUACGCGAUCAAUUUCGUCAGUUGAUUAGUAGUAGUACGGUAGUACUUGUUUGCGGCGAAGAACACGUUGUGUGAUCGAGGCAAGUGUACUGAGAGGAUAUCGAAUGUACUAUUUCAACGUAAACCACGUGUAACGAAAUAUAUGUAAAGAACUUAAGUGUUAGAGAACACGAUUUCACAUUUGAAUAACUUCAAAGAAGCUAGAUGGAAGUAGACCAAAAACAUAUAGAAUUGAAAGACAUGAACGUUAUCACAGAUGACAGAGACAAGAAGGGACAGUGUCCCUUUGCAGGGACAAUUGGUGACAAAUGCGAGAUGGAAAAUGUCAUGAAAGCCAACGGUCAUCUAGAAGAUCUCAAAAAAUCUCUUUUGAUAAAUGAGAUGUCAGCCUUAGUUAACGGUGAAUCAACCUCACCAGAAUCGAAGGACAAAGAUGUGAAGGAGAAAGUUGAGGACGCAGCGAAGUCAAAUGUAGAAGAUGUUGUAGUCAUUCCAGAAACUAUGUUCACAAUAAAGAUUUCCCCACCAGGGACAGAUGCUUUUGACUUGCAGGUUUCAAGUUCUGAAUUAGUACAAGAAAUCCACCAAGUGUUGAUGGACCGUGAAGACACCUGUCAUCGUACGUGUUUCACGCUACAGUUAGAAGGCGUUAUUCUUGACAACUUUGCCGAAUUGAAGACCGUGGAAGGCCUGAAAGAAGGCUGUGUAUUAAAGGUGGUGGAAGAACCAUACACAGUUCGAGAAGCACGUAUUCAUGUGCGCCAUGUGCGUGAUUUGAUCAAAUCGCUUGAUUCGUCUGAUGCCUACAAUGGCGUGGAUUGCCAGUCAAUGACCUUCAUUAAUACUAUCAUCGGAGAUGAAGAAUCGAGAAAAGGCAGCAAUGUUGAAGCCGUUGAUUGCACUCCACCAUCGUACAUUAUGCCAAAGAGCAAAGAGCGUCCUCUUGUGCCUCUUCUACCGAGCAAGGUUGAGAACAAAGGUCCACCGUGUAUGAAAAUGGUGACAAUGUCAGGAUGGAACCCUCCACCUGGACCAAGGAAGCUACAUGGUGAUUUGUUGUAUCUGUAUGUUGUCACAGUGGAUGGUGGGGCGUACCAUAUAACAGCAUCAACAAGAGGUUUCUAUGUCAAUCAAUCUACAUUGGAUGUUUUCAACCCUAAGCCUAGCGAACUUAAACACCUAAGCCAUUCCCUAGUGGAACUCCUAGGUAAACUCAGCCCGACCUUCAGGAAGAACUUCGCUCAACUGCUUAAGAAAAGAUCACAGCGCCAUCCAUUUGAGAGAGUCCCAACACCAUUCCAGACCUUCAGUUGGCUGGCGCCCUCUACAGAGCACUCGGUAGAUACGAUCCGUGCUGAGGAUGCCUUUUCUUCACGCCUUGGAUAUGAAGAGCAUAUACCUGGACAGACUCGAGACUGGAAUGAGGAAACAAUGACAACAAGAGAAUUACCCAGGAAGCAGUUGCCUGAACGUCUGCUACGGGAGAGGGCGAUCUUCAAAGUACACAGUGACUUUGUGAUGGCAGCAGCACGCGGAGCUGUUGCAGUGAUUGACGGCAAUGUGAUGGCAAUAAAUCCAGGAGAGGAAUCUAAAUUCCUCCUAAAAAUUAUAACAGAGAAUUCAAAUUCUGAGGUACUGACGAAACUGCUAUUGGUCAAUUUUCAGAAUAAUGACCUACAUGGGGUAAAAGCAUACUGCAACGCAGAUGUGGAGGGUUUGUACACGCUGGGUACAGUUGUUGUUGAUUACCGUGGCUACAGGAUAACGGCACAGUCUAUUAUCCCCGGUAUUCUGGAGCGAGAGCAAGAAGAGUCCGUUAUCUAUGGCUCCAUUGACUUUGGCAAGACAGUCGUCUCUAGUGAAAAAUAUACAGAACUUUUGACCAAGUCCGCUCAGCACCUUAAGGUUCUUCCUCACAAAGUCAUCAAUAGUCAAGAGGAUGAGGUAGAGAUUUACUCAUCAAUAGAAUGCAAGGGUAUACGUGGAAAUGAUGGAAGACACUACAUUCUUGAUCUUCUCCGUACCUUCCCUACAGAUGCCAAUUUCUGGCCUGUUGAGAACGACAAUUUCCCUGAAGAUGUAAAAGCACUUGGCUUCCCUAGAGCACACAGACACAAAUUGUGUCGACUCAGACCUGAGUUAGUAGAGAGUUUCAUAGAGCAUAGAUACAUGAUGUUUAUACGAUAUGCAGCAUCACUCCUAAUGCAAGAACAACAGAAAAACCAAACAAACAAUAAAGAAAAGGAGGACCAAAAUGAACAGACUGAAUCAAAGACAGAGAAAAAGGAAGAAGGACAAGUCAAUGGAGAAUGCACUCCACAGCAAAUGACAGUGGAAAAUGGAGAACAAAAUGCGAUGAAAGCAGACCUACCCAUAACAAAGGACACUAUUUUAGAACAGGAAAAUACUUUGAAAACAUUAGCAGCCACAAAGGAUACAAUCGGUGAGAAUCAUAAGGACAUCAUAAAGAAAGCCGCACAGUUUGCUGGUUCCCUGAGUAACACAGAGUUUGACAUCCGCUUCAAUCCGGACAUCUACUCCGAUGGCGUCCUGCAUGCUCAUCAAGGAACUGAACAAUUUGAAAAGGAAAGGAAGAUCAUUAUAGAUGCAGCUCACUUUUUACUGGGAAUCCAAAUACCUACAUUUGUAAGAGAGUGUCAAGAACAUACAAUAGCACCACUGGAUGGAGCAACCCUCACAGAAAUGUUGCAUCAAAGAGGUAUCAAUAUGAGGUAUCUGGGGAGUAUAGCAGACAUAGUCAAGAAUGCAGCAUUGUUAACCUAUCUUUAUAAAUUGUUGAUUAGUGAGCUGAUAACGCGAGCUGCUAAACAUCUGUACAAGACCUAUAUGCAGGGUGUUGGUAUGGUGAACCUGGCGGCCGCUAAGACUCAGUUUCUUAACUGCUAUUUGAGUUCCUUCGCUAACCCCGUACCAGCUAAAACUGAUGAAGAGAUGAAUGGGCAUGGAAAGAAAAAAAACAAGAAAAAGAAGAAUCGAGCAAUACCGACAAUUGCCUAUGAUAACAAUGCCUGGACAAAUUUAACCCCAUCUGACCUAUGGGCAAACAUAAAGACAGAAAUAAAGGAAUAUUUCCACUUUGAAUUAGAAGGGUGUGAGGAUAGAGAUGCUAUGUUGCAAAACCACCAAAUACAGAAGGUGACCCUCCUUCGUGAGUUCAGUCGUCGCAUGGGGCUGCAGCUGCUCAUUAGGGAAUACGUGUUUGAUGGCAAACAGAAAGCAACGUUUACCGAAGAUGAUAUAUUGAAUGUCUUCCCACUGCCAAAGCAUAUAAACCCAGUAGCAAGCGAUGCUUACAACUUCUACCAGAGUGGGCAGGCCAGGAUUCAACAAGGUCUUUACCAUGAUGCAACUGAGUUAAUCCAAGAGUCGUUGAAUUUGUUCACUAACGUGUAUGGACCGAUGCACAGUGAGAUUGGAACAUGCAUGCGAACACUAGCGAAGCUCCACUACAUAAAUGCUGAAAUCCCAGAGGCUUUGGACAUGCAAGAGAAAGCAGUAAUGAUAAGUGAACGAUGUAAUGGUUUAGAUCAUCCAACGACAAUGACAGAAUAUAUGCAUCUGGCCUUGUACUGCUUUGCAAGUAACCAAGUGACAAACGCCCUCAAGUUGAUGUAUCGUGCACGGUAUCUAGCUAUGCUUGUGUUUGGAGAGGACCAUCCAGAAUUUUCUCAAAUUGAUAGUAACAUUGGUUUGGUGUUGCAUGCUGUAGGUGAAUACGAUCUUUCGAUCAAGUUUCUCCAGUCGGCAUUGUGUAACAGUAUUCUGUUUCAUGGUGCCAGUAGUCUUAAAGCAGCGCUCGGCUACCACUUGCUAGCCCGUGUACAGUCGUGCAAGGGCAACUUUCGAGGGGCUCUGAAAAAUGAGAAAGGAGCAUAUCAAAUCUACAAACAACAUUAUGGUGAAACUCAUGAGAAGACAAAAGAAAGUUCUGAAUGCCUGCGAUACCUCACUCACCAAGCUGUUACCCUGCAAAAAACUAUGAACGAAAUUAAGAAGGCUGGUCCGAGAGCUGCCAUGCAGCCAUUCAAUAUAACACCGCCCUCUUUUGCUAGUGUGCUUGAGACGAUCGACAUGAUAAAUGGAAUCUUUCGUAUACCCUUUACUGUCAGAGCAGUACCAAAAGGAGCCACCGCCAAGAACAACCAAACUGAGAACCAAAAGGAGAAGCAAACUGAAAAUGUUGAAAAAGUAAAAGAAAAAACAGAAGUAAAAGAAACAAGUGAAGUCAAAGAAGGUGAAGAUAACGCAACUGUAGAGGACAACGUAAAGGAAGAUGGCAGCUUGGACAAAGAAGAUGAGGAGCCUAGUAGUCCUGCUAGCUCAGGUAGUCCUGCUAGCCCCAUUAGUGAUAUAGUGAGUGAUGAUAGUGCCACGAGGUAACAGAUUUCACUAUAACAAGCAACAGGGCCUAGUAAACAACACAGCCUACUGUGUUAAUGGGUAAGAGUGCAGAAACAUUACAAAUUUACUGAGUAUGUGUCUGGAGCCUACCUCAAAAAGAAAAUAAUGUUAAAAGUGUUAAAUUCACCUUUGUUAGCACAAAGUAAAAAAUAGUGAAAAUAAAAAUAAUUAUAAAAAAUGACAUUGGUGCUGCCUCUAUAUGGUUAUAAGGCUGGUUGUUGUCCUGUAUCUGUUUAGAUUUAUGUAACCAAGGAAAAAAUAUUGGUGACAUACACUAAUACACCAGCCAUCUUCCUCUAUAUAUGUGUGUGUGUGUGUGUACAUAUAUAUAUAUAUGUGUAUGCACAGAGACGUCUUCCUUCAACCUGAUAGCAAUAGGGAUAGCUGGCACUAAGUCUGCCUAGCUCAUUUGUCUGUAGUUGGGCCUAGCAUUAUCGUAGCUUAGGUCUGGAUUAUAGUUAUUUUGUAAUUUCCUCAAACUUUCCUAAUUUCCAAUGCAAUAAAUAAUAAUUAUAGAGCCAGUUAAUACCAUCAUAUCAUAUAGUAUAUUGUUGAUUUUAUUUUGUGAACAGAGUUUGUAUUUAUGUGGCUGUGAUUAUGAUACAUUGAUUUUAUUUUACUUGCCAUCUCUCGUGAACAAAGAUGAAGAGAGGUGAGUGAUGAAUAAAAUUUAAAAUUAAAAUGGUUUAUAGCUUGGAUUGUUUAAUUUUUUAAUGGGUUUUGGUUAAGCUUUUGAAACAAUGUCUUUAUGCCUUGAAUUUCUGUAUGACAUUGAUCCAAAAAUGUUCACCAAAUUGUCAUUUAAAUGUUGCAUUGUCAUAAAGUGAAUCAAAUUAAUUGUGUAAAAUAUUCGGCAUAAAAAAGGAUUGUAUGAAAAUUGAGUGUUUUGAAUGAACUGCUGUGUUUGUUAAUAAUGCAUUACUGACUCAUGUUGACUGUUGGUUUGUCGCUUAAAUGGGUCACUGUUAUAGUUUCGCUAAAAACAUUGUUUUUGUUACAAAAUCACUGUGACGUUAUAUGACAUCCAAGAUGUUUUCAUUGAGUCUUGUACCCUAAUUUACAAAUCAGCAAAAUUAAUUUUGAAACCUGUUAUUUUAAAUAAUAUUGUAUUUUAUUUUUCGUUGAAAGAGUUAAAAUAUAGUACUGUACAUCUAUUAGAGAGGUAUACUUAAUUACUGUACCUGAUUCUCCAUGUCAAUGAGACUUAAGGAAUAUAAUUCAUAAUUCACUGCCAAUCCAGUUAUUGCCAUAAUUUCUUGACUACCGGUAUUACAAGUUAAGAUACACUCACAUUGAGUUGGGUAUUGGUAGACGAUUAUAUUAUCAACAAAUCAAAUUUAUGAUUAUUAUUUUGGAAAAUUGAUUUCCAUGUAUUUAGCAAUAUAUUAUUGCAGUUAAGUGGAUUUCAUUGGAAUUCUAGAUGAGUAUUGUAAACCUUAAUUGUGUGAAACGACAUUGAAGGGGUUGAUUUUUUUGUAAUAGACAUUUCAGUCAAAUCAAAGUCUAUAUGGUGUUUGGCUUGAAAAUCAAGUUUGAAUUAUAAAUUAAAUAAAAUAAUUUGUUACUGUGUUGUAACAGUAAUUUUAUCAUUAAAAUUAUCAACUCGAGUCUAAAUCGUUGACCAUAAUAAUAAAUAAUCUUAAUUUUCAUAGGACUGAGUUCAAUAAUAUAAUAAUUGUUUUGCGAUUUUGAGUUGCACGUCGGUGGUCACAAGCAACUCUGCGAUUGUUGAGAUUGUAUUUGUUGUGAUGUAACGCACCAACUUUUGUUGCACUUGUUAUCAGUGUUAAUUAUGACUCGCAGAUAUUUUUCGUGACAAAUCUGGAUGGAUGAAUUUCAUCUAGCUUUGUCAUUGAACUAAUGAGGGCGCUAUUCCUAGUUUUGCAUUUUGUAGCACCCUGUGCUUGAAUUUCUGCAGUGCCAGUGUGUUACUUGUUAAUCUCCGAAAUUUGUGGAGUAAUUCAAUUAUUGAAAGAGAAAAGUAAAUCGGUGUUAGAAGCACUUGCUCCAGACUAGCAAAUAAGGAGCAUGUUGCAGAAGGUGAGAUAAUAAUCAAUUGAUAAUUGCUUGAUUUAUGAAUGAAACGUUGCAUACACUUUGCUGUUUAAUGUAUGAAUGAGAAUACUACGUGUUGUGAUUAACCUCAUAUUCACCUCUAUGAUUGUCUCUUAUUUUUCAUAAGUGUUGAAAAUUCGUGGUUGUAUCAUUGCAUUGAAUGGUGCUCACUGAUACACUCUAUAAAAUUGGAAUAAAAUCCAGAAUACAUGAAAA